UAUCUUUUACUUUGCCUUCUAGUUGGUGGUCGCAAAUAUUUUUUUCGUGUAAAAAAGUAGUGUAUAUAUUUGUUUAACUGGAUUUUUGAGCGAUAUAUGUCUAAAAUGGGAUCCCAGGAAAGUCCUCCACUUGAAAUAAUAGCCUAAAAUAUAAACUUCAAAUGGAUUUUUAAGAUUGGAUGACGCUCUUAAAAAAGGGGUGGAAAUUUGUGGGUGGUCGGCCAAAAAAGGAAUGAAUGAAUUGCUGGAUGGAUUGGUGGACUUCAUAUAAAGAAAUAAGUGUUAUUAUAAUCAUCCAUCGCUUUAAGACACAAAGGGGUUAAAAAUUGUAAGGAUGGGCACAAUAGCAUCUGUUCUACAGUGGCAAUGCACAAAUUGCAAUAUUAUCAAUCCGACGGAAUCCCUAAAAUGUCUAAACUGUGGUUCAAUGCGCAAGGUGUGUGAUGGCACUCUAAAAAAUAGCGACAAUACAAAUACCGAUUUGGGCAGUAAACAUUCUACGGGAGGAGCAAACAGUGCCAAAGGACCAACGACACCGGGAGACAACAAGUCGCCAUCAACAUUCUCUAGCAAUCAACAAACACAGAUACAAUAUCAAAAUCCCAGCCCGGUUCCACAACAAACUGCAAUACAGCAACCACUUGAUACUGAUCGUGAGGACACUCAGGCCAACAGGACGGAAUACAAACGCGUCUAUAAAUCAUUACUUAGAGGUUGCCUGAAGCGACCGCAACGUAAUCAACAAAAUUUGCCGGCAAACUGCAUUGACUGUGAAAAUACUAGAAAAUACGUUAAAAAUUCCAUUGAACUGUUUCAUCAUUUUUCGAAUCCUUCCCUCAAUCGUCGUUGGAUUUGCGAUAAAUGUGACACGGACAACAAUUCGGUAACUUGGCACUGCUUGAUCUGCGAUACGGUUAGCUAUUUAGCGCCCAUAUAUAAGGAAACUCUUAACCAUCGAAAGUUGCCAAAUUGUAAGCAAUCAAGUUUCGAUAGUGGUCAAAAUCUCGACGGAAAAUCAAAGCGAAAUGGCAAAAGGGCGCCAUAUUUUCGUAGAACACAAAGCUUAACAUCGGAAAAGGCAUUUUCCUGCCGCAGUUGUCACAUAUGCUUUGUUAAUACUCGCAAAGAUAUAUUCAACUUACCAGAAACAUUUAUGCAUAAAUACUCUUCCGCCAGUGGAGCUUCGAGCUCGAAUGAAUUAUUUGGAAGAACAUUUGAACAACUGCCACCAUUACAACAGCAAUCAUCAAGACGUUUAAAUCAACUGGUAGGCGGUAAGGACACAAUUUGUCGAAAGCAUAACCAAACCCAGAAUCAGAAUCGUGAGCCAAAGUGUAAUUUUACUAUAACAACACUGUCGCGAACAAAUAAAGUAGAUGAUUCCAGCAAGAAGUUUACCAUUCCGCGCAACAGUGUAUUCAUUGCAGUCAAUGAUUGCUGGGCCACACAAGAAUCCAACACUACUGCUGCCGCUCAUCAUCAGCCAACAAUCGAUGUCGGCGGAAACGGUGUUAGUGGUGGUGGUGGUGGACUAGGAAGCGAUGAACGGCAGAGAUAUCGCCAGCCGGUAAUGAAGGCUGAAUCCCUGCCCCAAUAUUGCGAUAGAAGCGACAGCAUUGAACGUAAGCCCGUUCAACGACGAAGUUCCAAUGAGACCGCCACCACAGGAAUAUGCUAUGCCACAUUUAGCAAGGGAAUGUACAAGUCACAACAUAUAUAUGAAAAUGAUUGCAUUAUACAAAGACCCUCGAUUGCUAGUCGAGGGGCGGGUGAGAUUGCUGCUGAUACCGACGAUGAUACAACUGCCACAAGUACUGCUGCACCAAACCAUCCCCUCUAUGCUGUGGUCAAUAAGAAUAACAAAUCAAAAAAUAAGAAUUCAAAUGAAUUAGCUGCUGGUAUAGCUGUACAACAACAGCAGCACACUUUAGCCGAACUGCAAGCUAAGGCUGUAGCAACGGCCACUACGGCUAUAACGACGCAUUUAUUGAAUAAUAACAACCAUAACUUUAACAGUGCCCAUAAUGGCAGUGGUAAUGUGAAGUUAAGAGUAUCUACCAGCCACACUUCCAGCUCUUCGAAUUCUUCCUCUUGCAGUGCAUCUGACAUCAUGGGUAAUAUGUUGCAGGCUGAAGCAACAAUUUUGGAUGCAAGUGGCAGUAGUGGUGCAAUAGGUGGUGGUGCUCUACGGUUAGAUCAUCAUACCCAUCACAACCAAGGACAGGCAGUCAACAAAGCAGGCCCGCACCCACAUGCCGCGAAUAAAUUUGACCCAAUAUUGACGACAACGACAAUUACCGCAGAUGCGUUGAAAGGCGAUAGCAAUGCUGAACAUUCCAUAUACGCAAAAGUGUGGAAGGGUCCCCGUAAGACCAGUGAAUCUAAAAUAUCCAAUGUCCCAGCAACUUCUGUUCGUGGUGCAGAUAGAGUAGGCACACCAAUGGCAGCUACACGUACUGACAAUAACUCAAUUCCAAAUUCCCGAAGAAUGUGGACUUGUACAAACUGUUCCUAUGCAUACAACCGUAUGUGGACUGAGCGUUGCGAAAUCUGUGAAAAUCUGCGCACUCAACCAUCCUUGACACAGCCUAAUUUAAUAACUGUUACCAAAACUGAUAUUCAUGCGACUGAUAAUUUACCAAGAUCUAAUGACCCAAUUACAACAUGGACUUGCAAAAAAUGUACCCUGGUCAAUUCCAUCAAAGAUCAUGCCUGUGUUGUUUGCGGAGGAUCAAAGUUGAAAAGCAUAUCCUCUGUAGAGGAUAUGACACUACGUAAGGGAGAAUUUUGGACUUGUUCACAAUGUACGUUGAAAAACUCACUGGCAACGGGAGUGUGUAGUGCUUGCAAGGCUGUUCGAACACUGCCAAUCGAAAGUGACCGAGAUCGUAUGGUGUGUCCAAUUCCCGAAGAAAUUCAUCGCAGUGUUAAUCACAGUGGAGGUAGUAGUGUAUUCAUUCCUGAUGCAAUAUCACCUGGUGGUGUGGGUCCACACCACCGAACAUCGGCGACAAAUGUAACACCAACAACAAAUUUGCAACUUCCGUCAAUACGCACUUCGAGAAGCCCUUCUCCGCGACAAAAUCGUUCCUCAUCUGGGGCCAUUCCGAAGCGGCAUAGUACCGGCGGUUCGGGUGGUAUCAUAUCGCGCAAUAGCACUGUUGUGGCUUCCUCUAGCAACAAUAUCAUCAGCAGUACAAGUCAACAAAUAUCUCAAAAUCGUCAUAGUUCGAGUGGAGCCGCUGGUGGGGCCAUAAAAACAUGGCAAUGUCCUGCAUGCACCUACGAUAAUUGUUCAGCGUCGGUCGUCUGUGAAAUGUGUUCUAGUCCCCGUGGUUUAGUGAAUAACAUAACAAAAAUGGCACUGCUGCAUAAAACAAAUCGACAUUCUGCUGAACUGCAACAGGAGAGCAAGUUAAUGGAAAACUUGCGGCGAAUAGAGGAGGCCGAGGCAUUGCAUAAAUGGGAAAAUAUAAUUCAGUACUGCCGCGACAAUAAUGAACUGUUUGUUGAUGAUUCUUUUCCUCCGGCGCCGAAAAGUCUCUACUAUAAUCCACAACAGAGUUUGGCAGAAGGAAAUCCUGUUGUACAGUGGCGAAGGCCACAUGAAAUCAAUUGCGAUGGAGGUGCCUUUCCUCCGUGGGCAGUAUUCCGUACACCAUUACCUUCAGAUAUAUGUCAGGGUGUUUUGGGUAAUUGUUGGCUGUUGAGCGCUCUUGCCGUACUUGCCGAACGGGAAGAUCUCGUUAGAGAAGUUUUGGUUACCAAGGAGAUUUGUCCCCAGGGAGCGUAUCAAGUUCGACUGUGUAAAGAUGGGAAGUGGACUACGGUAUUAGUAGAUGAUUUGUUGCCAUGCGACAAACGCGGUCAUCUAGUUUAUUCUCAAGCCAAACGAAAACAACUGUGGGUCCCUCUUAUUGAGAAGGCUGUGGCCAAAAUCCACGGAUGCUACGAAGCUUUAGUUUCCGGUAGAGCCAUUGAGGGUUUAGCGACGUUAACAGGUGCACCUUGCGAAAGUAUACCGCUGCAGGCAAGCUCUUUACCAAUGCCCAGUGAGGAUGAACUCGACAAAGACCUCAUUUGGGCCCAGCUUUUGAGUUCAAGAGGUGUACGUUUCCUAAUGGGUGCCAGCUGUGGUGGAGGUAAUAUGAAAGUCGAUGAGGACGAAUAUCAUAGAAAAGGUCUGCGACCACGACACGCCUAUUCAGUUCUGGACGUUAAAGAUAUACACGGGCAUCGACUUUUAAAAUUGCGAAAUCCAUGGGGACACUUUUCAUGGCGUGGAGAUUGGUCCGACGAUUCAGACCUAUGGACAGAUGAGCUUCGUGAGGCGUUAAUGCCCCACGGAGCCUCAGAAGGCGUUUUCUGGAUAUCCUUUGAAGACGUUCUAAAUUACUUUGACUGCAUAGACAUCUGUAAAGUACGCUCGGGAUGGAAUGAAGUUCGUCUAAAGGGUACUCUUCAGCCGUUGUGUUCCAUGUCCUGUGUGCUCCUUACCGUUCUGGAACCAACGGAAGCCGAAUUCACACUAUUUCAAGAGGGCCAAAGAAAUUCGGAGAAAUCUCAACGUUCACAGCUAGACUUGUGUGUGGUCAUUUUCCGCACACGUUCUCCAGCAUCUCCAGAAAUUGGACGCCUAGUGGAACACAGUAAACGACAGGUUCGCGGAUUUGUGGGCUGCCACAAAAUGUUGGAGCGUGAUAUUUAUUUACUAGUUUGUUUAGCAUUUAAUCAUUGGCAUACUGGUAUCGAGGAUCCCCACCAAUAUCCUCGUUGUAUUUUAGCCAUUCAUAGCUCGAAACGUUUACUUGUUGAACAGAUAACACCCCCACCACAUCUCUUAGCGGAUGCCAUCAUCAGUUUGACGCUAACCAAAGGACAACGCCACGAAGGCAGAGAAGGCAUGACUGCUUAUUAUUUAACCAAGGGAUGGGCUGGCUUGGUAGUAAUGGUUGAAAAUCGACAUGAAAAUAAAUGGAUCCAUGUCAAAUGCGACUGCCAGGAGAGCUACAAUGUUGUUUCCACCAGAGGUGAAUUGAAAACUGUCGACUCUGUUCCGCCACUUCAAAGGCAAGUCAUUAUAGUUCUAACACAGCUGGAAGGUAGUGGAGGAUUUAGUAUUGCCCACCGUCUAACACAUCGUUUGGCAAAUUCUAGAGGACUACAUGACUGGGGUCCUCCGGGUGCAACGCAUUGUCCACCAAUUGAAAAUGUGCACGGUCUGCAUGCCCCACGUUUGAUCACAUAAGGCGUUAGCUCACUCCACUUCAGUUGACAUUAUUUCACAACAUCUAGUCAUUAAAUACCAUUGCUCACAUCACCCCAUAUCCCUCCCGCCCAUUUCCACUCAUCAACAAUUUUUGCAAGAAUAACCAAAAACCAAACUGAACAACCAAUUAAUUAGUGUAUGUAUUUGAUUAUAUUUAUUAUUAAAUGUAGGUAUAUUACGCUCUACGGUAUGAUUAUUAUUUAAAAAUGUUUUAGUUCAUCUAACUAUUAAUAAAGAAAGUUGUAAGUACAUUAUCUUAA